AUGAGUUCAAAUAAUCACAAUAAUAAUAAUCGUAAUAAUUAUUCUUCGUCAUCAAACUCUCGGUAUAAUAAUAAUUCAUACAACAACAACAAUAAUUAUUCAUCAUCAUCAUCGUCAUCAUCUUCUAGAUACAAUAAUAGAAAUGAUCGGUAUGAAGAUAAGAGGUUGUAUAGUGAUUAUGAUGUAGGUAAUAGUGGUGGUGGAGGAUAUAAACAACAAUCAUACAAGCAACGUUCUAAUAAUUACGCUCCCAAGUUGGAUAAUUUCUAUUUUGCUAUGGACAAGACACUUGGUGAUUUGGCAAAUAAUGCGUUCUAUCAAGUGCAAAUUGUUCCUCUUGAGAAUGCUUUCAAUGGAAAUUAUACAAAUAGUAUUAGCUUGUUUGAAUACAUUUCCAAUUUCCAUUUGUACAAUUUACACUCUAAUUUAUUAUCUAGGCACGAGGAAAUAUCUAAAAACUUGAAUCCUAAACUUUGUAAAUUCUUGGGAAUAGUUCCGAGAUUGGAGGUUGAAUUGGAGAGAAGUCUUUCGAUCACAUCUCUGAGACAAUACCAAAGAGAGUUACUCAAGGAAAAAUUAGAUAUGGAUCAAGUUCCAAAACAAUCAUUCAAUAGAUGGAUGUUGGAGAGAAAAGUUUUGGAAAACAAGGCAUUGAGAGAAAAUUUCAAAUCUGAAACUAUUGACUAUUUCACUGAUCCAAUUGUUCCAUCCCUCCUUUGUAACAGUGACAAGUAUUUAGUUGAUCCGAGCAGUGAAUCUUUGAGGAGAGAAAUACUUGAUGACGUACCAAUGAAGGCAAACAUGUUUCCAAGAAAUUUAGAAGAAGCAAGAGUUUCAUUGAAAUUAUACAUUGACGCCUCUAGGAAAUGUAUCAAUCAGGACAAUAUUGGGAAGAGUUUAUCUGAGGAGGAGAAAUCCAAACUUGUUGAACAUUGUUCCAACUAUGAAAAGUAUCUCAACUCGGCAAAUAACAUGGACGAAAUUAUGGAAAAAUUGAAAGAAAUGAAAGAUCUUGUUGGAAAACCAUUACAAGAAAAGGUAUUCAAUGUUGCUGAUGAUAUUUGUAAAUUUAUUGCCACCAAGAGUAAUGAAUUGAUACACACCUCCAUCAAGAAUGAAUUACUCUUACAUUUCAAUAGUAGUGAAUUAGUAUUGGAGAAUUUCAAUGACUGUAACUCAUUGUAUGAUUUUAUUGUAAAAUACUUUAACACAAAGAAGGUGAAUCAAAUUUGUGGAAAAAUUAGCAAGAAAGAGGAACCAUUCCAAAUAAUUCUAGAAAAUAGAGAAAGGGUGCAAAGAUUUUCAAAUAUACUCACCAGUCACCAAUUAAAUAUGAGCCACUAUGAAAAGCUGAAAAAACAUUUCCAUCACAGAUUGAAUAUCAUCUCUGCAAAUGAUUCAAGAAAAAGAGAAGUUUUACAAGAUAUUUUCUUCAAUAGAUCGAACGACUAUACAACUUGUGUAUUUGACUAUUUUGUAUAUUGCUUACUUUUGAGAUAUGGAGCCAUGUUUGGAGCAGGAGAAAAGAGAUUUGAAGGAACAGGUCUGCAUGCUGCUUGUCCUGUAGAGGUCUUUGAAACUCUCAAUAAGAAUAUGAAUGUAAAUUCUGAAAACUUUGCCUCUCCAUUGAAUUCAUACUUUGUAGAUUUUUGUUCAGCUUGUGGAGAUUUAGAUUUUUGGUUUGGUUCGUUGGGAGGAUUUUUUGAAUUCUUCCCAAAAUCUGGAUGUUUCGAAUCUAAUCCUCCAUUUAGUGAAGAGUUGAUGCAAAUGAUGGUAUCUCAUAUGGAAAAUCUGUUAGCAAACUCUACAGAAUCUCUUUCAUUCCUAAUUGUGGUUCCAAAUUGGAUGGAUGCUCUGAGUUUACAAAGAUUGUGCAGUUCUAGUUUCCUCACACAUGAACAUGUAUUGGGAGCUAAUGUGCAUGCCUAUAUUACAGGAAGUCAACACAAUGAAAAGAAUGUCCACAAGAGAAAGUAUAAUGCUGUGCAUGAAACUCACUUUUUUGUUCUGCAAAAUGAAAAGGGAAAAACCAUCAAUCCAAUCACAUCACAAUUUAUUGAUUACUUCCUCAAAUCAUUUGCAAGUGAUUCAUCUCCUCCUCGUUAUUCCUCUUAUAAUAAUUCCUCUUCUUAUAAUAAUAGCAAAAAUAAUAAUACCUAUUACAAUAAAAGAUAAAAGGUGUUUGUAAC